AUGGCGGUGAGAUCAGCACUUAUUACGGUGAUAUGGACAAUAUGUCAGAUCACUUGGCGUGUGUUCUUCUAUAUCAGGACUAGGCGAGUAGUGCGAUUCCUCUUCAUGGUGCUUCUGUUGGUUCUCUAUUGUGAGUACUUUCAUUAUUUUGUUGUGUUGCUCAUGUGUAAAUGGCCAAAGUUACCGGAAAGUGAAGGUUUCCUUUAUGGAAAUGAUGAUAUCAACAAGCCAGUCAAGGCCAUGGUUAUAGCAGACACUCACCUACUUGGAAUAAGGACAGGAAAUUGGUUUGAUGCAUUUAGGAGAGAAUGGCAGAUGGAAAUAUCCUUCCAGACAAGCAUGUUGAUACAUCGUCCUGAUGUGGUCUUCAUUUUAGGUGAUCUGCUAGAUGAUGGCAGGUGGGCCACUGAUGCAGAGUUCAAGAAGGAUGUUGCCAGAUUCAAAAAAAUGUUUUCAACACCGAAAGAUACAACUACAAGGGUACUUGUAGGUAACCAUGACAUUGGAUUUCAUCACAUGAUGAAAGAAAAUAGAAACAGACGAUUUGAGAAAGCAUUCUCGUCACCUUCAGUCCAGCUUUUUGAGUUUCAUGGAAACCUGUUUGUGUUGAUGAAUAGCAUGGCCAUGGAAGGAGAUGGGUGCAAGUUGUGUGCUGAGACAGUCAACUCUCUGGAAAAAAUCUCACAGCAGCUCAAGUGUGCAGAGGGACAAACAUCAAGUGACAGUCCCCCAAGUGAAUGUGAGGCUAUGGAAAAAAUGGCCUACUCUCCUCCAAUAUUACUGCAACAUUUUCCAAUGUACCGGCCUUCAGAUGCAAACUGUAGUUUACCAGACUCGGCACCUCCUGAUGAAAAAGAGAUUCCUUUCACGGUGAAUUGGGAUUGCCUUUCAGAAAAGUCCAGCAGUCAGGUAUUUGAGUGGAUCAAACCUCGCCUGAUCUUGAGUGCUCAUACCCACCAUGGCUGUUAUCGUCUCCAUCACAACGCUGUUCCAGAAUGGACAGUUGCCUCCUUAAGUUGGCACAAUAAAAACAACCCUUCAUUUCUACAGGUGGUGCUGUCUCCAAAUGAUUUUGUUGUGAAUCAGUGUCACCUUCCAAGAGGAACAACUGUGAUAUUUUUUUAUAUAACAGGUACACUGAUAGCUUUGCUGUGGUUGUUAUUUCCCUACAAAUCUAGGAAUACAUUACCGGUUAGAGUAUGGGUCAAUAAAUUACACUGA